UGCAUUCAUAUUUUCCUUAAAUGAAUUGCGUGUAACUAUUGGUGUGAUGUGGUUUGAGACUUGAUCACAGUAAAAUGGAAUCUGUCAAUUUGAUGAUCGUCUUCCUUUGUGCCAGUAAAUUGAGUAAUCCAUAAGCGUAAUGUGGAGUAUGAUUUCUGCACCAUUUCAGUCGAAAAUAUUAUGUAUAACUUGUUGAACCCAACUGAUACAGUACCAUCAAAAGCAAAUGGUGACACAUCGGCAGCUAAGAGCAUAAAGGCUCCAAAAAGACCUGCAACUACAAAAGCAUCGGCUGACAGUACAACGGCCAAAGUACCGAAAAAGUCAAAAGCCAAAGCAAACGAUGUCACACCAGACGAUAAGUCUAUUUCCGAUGCAAAUUCAAUUUACGAUUUUGUUGUAAAAGAUACGUUCGGUAAUGAUGUGCCAUUGGCAAAGUACAAAGGUCAAGUAUUGCUCAUUGUUAACAUUGCCGCACGUUGUGGAUAUACAAAGAAAAAUUACGAAGAAUUGGACGAAUUGCAGAAGAAGUACAAAAAUAAAGAUGUUAAAAUCUUGUCAUUCCCAUGCAAUCAAUUCGGUGGUCAAAUGCCACUGAUGGAUGGUGAUGAGAUGAUGGCACAUUUGGAAAAACGUGAUGUCAAUGUUGGUGAAGUUUUUCAAAAAUGUAACGUAAACGGCAAGGAUGCGGCACCAUUGUACGUAUUUUUAAGACAAAAACAAGGCGAUGGCAUUAAUGUCAAGUGGAAUUUUGUCAAAUUUUUGGUUGACAAAAAUGGUGAAGUGGUUGAACGUUUUAACUCGCCAACAUCACCACUUCAAAUUGCACCAAAAAUCGAUGAACUACUCGAAAAAUAGUUUACAUCGAUUGAAAAUGUCUCCGCCACACCAUCAUCACCAUUUUCUUUAUAUUCCAUGAAGUAUUUGAUAAAUGGAUUGAAUCCAACAAAAAAAAAUUGUUGUUUCUUUUUCACUCUUUUGUUUCAUUUAAAUUGUGAAUAAAGCGAACGUUUUUCACUAUUCAACAAAAUGA